AUGCCUUCACAAAUUAAAAUAGGUUACUGGAAAAUCCGCGGGUUGGCUCAGCCUAUCAGGUAUUUGCUCAAGUAUGCUGGCCAGGAUUUUGAAAAUAUUAUGUACGAGCAAGGAGAUCCUCCCGAUUACAGCCGUGAGUCGUGGUUUACAGUGAAACAUACUCUCGGUCUCGCCUUUCCCAAUCUGCCCUAUUUGAUUGAUGGGGACAUCAGAAUAACACAGAGUAAUGCCAUUUUGAACUAUUUGGCUUCCAAGUUUGGUUUGUGUGGAGAGACUGACAAGGUUAAAGCUGAAAAUUUCAUGAUGGUAGAGAAUGCUAUGGACUUCAGAAAUGGUCUUGCCAAGGUCCUGUACAAUAGAGAUUAUAGUAAACUGAUAGAUGAUUACUUCACAACUGUCCACACAACACUGAAAGCUUUUGAUACAUUUCUCGAGGGCAGAACUUGGUUUGCUGGUGGCAAAAAUCCAACAGCCUGUGACUUCCCUCUGUAUGAGCUCCUGGACCAGCACCGCCUGAUGAAGCCAGAUAUCCUCAAAGAUUACAAAAACCUCCAAGCCUUCUUGAAAAGAUUUGAGGAGCUGCCCCAGAUCAAAGCCUACUUGCAGUCAGGUGAAUUCUUCACACAUCCUGUCAACAACAAGACUGCUGGUUGGAAAUAA